AUGGACUCAAUUGUCGUUAUCAUAUACUAUGGUGCCCUGGCCUAUGCUGCCAACCUAGUCUUCUCCAACUUGGUAGAGAAAUUUCAAGACUGGGUCGCAGACAGAAGCGAAAAACACAUUCUCAAAUAUUAUCUGCCGCAUCAGAGAUUAAUAUACCCCAUAAUCCCCGAACAGCUGCAUGCCAAAUCAAUUUGGAAGAAUCGCGUCCGAGCCAGCGUCGCUAUAGAUGAUGGGAUCACGCCUCAGGGCACCAAGUAUCCCACGAUCCUGCUUAGCGAAAUCAUACUCGAUCGAUACCAGAUUGUUGCAAAGCUUGGUGUCGGGGAUAUUUCUUCAGUAUGGCUCAUGCGAGAUUUGAUGUUUAAUACAUACGUCGCAGCCAAGCUCUAUGCACAUCUUGAAUCCGCCGAGGCAGAGCUCGAGGCCUUUGACAGGAUCGAGAGUGUCCCCUCGCCUCAUCGUGGUCAGGAAUUUGUCAGACAAAGAAUCACAACUAUGAACAUCUGUCGCGAAGAAGGGGAUUGGCAUGAGACUAUCUUGCAAGCAGUAGUGUGCAACAAUUUGUCCGAUGAAUUCCUGGCCUUGAAAUAUGGCCCUGAGCGCAUGCCUAUCCAGGUCAUCAAGUCGGUCGUGUAUCAAGUUCUGUUGGCGUUGGAUUUCCUGCAUACGCAAUGCAGGCUUGUUCAUACAGGUGUCCACGGUGGGAAUGUGUUCCUCAACAUGCCUGAAGCGCCCAAGGACUCUGUUCUUGACGAAUUCGUGCUGGCUGAGUUGCAUGAUGUUCAGAUGAAAGGUCCUGACGAUAAAGACCCCAAUCAUCCCCCUAGGCUUCUUGGUUUGGAAUAUGAUGUCAAUGGGGUCAGGCUAGGGGGAUUUAGUCGGAGUGUACCAGUAGAUGAAGAGCCUUUGGGUGAUGCUGCGCAAGCAUCUGAGUUGUCCACAUGUGUCUAUCAAGCUCCUGAGCUGAUGUUCGCAACAAAAUUCAGUUAUGGUGUUGAUAUCUGGAGUUUGGGGUGCUGGAUGUGGGAGCUGGUCUAUGGUCAACCUUUAUUCGACAAUACGGUUUCAUAUCAAGAUGCGCAGACUGAAAUUCAAUAUCAGAUCGAGGGGUAUAAGGCUGUUGCUUUGAACAUUGCGAACGCGCUGGGACCUCCACCUGAUGAGAUGCGAGAAGGUAUUGCAAACAGCGCCCACUUUGGUACAUGGGCGUUUGCCGACGAGGAUGGCUUUACAGGACCAUGUCGCUUCGACAAUUUCCAGGAGCCGCCUGAGAGUAAGAAUCGCCUGGAAUAUGUGGAUAGGGAGAUGUUGCUUAGUUUGAUGGAGAAUAUGGUUCAAUGGCGACCGGAAGAUCGGAGGACAGCAGGGGAACUGCUCAGGCAUCCGUGGUUUGCGGACUUGGGUCUGUACGUUGGCUCCCAAAGAGAAAGUGUGGUCGAUUCCGCCAAUGUGCCCUCAGGUCACAUCGAGCUCGAACAGACCAGGCCCAGACCAUGGUGCCCUGUCCAUUCUGUCCAUGAGAGCAGCCUGAUACCAAAGUGCCCCAUUCACUGUGUCAAUCCAGAGGUCGCUGUCGAGCAUGAGAUCAUUGCCGAAUAUGAGGUCGAUGUCGAGCAAGAGAUCGCUACUGAGCAAGAGAUCGUUGCUCAGCUAGAGGUCACUGUUGAGGAAAACGUCACUGUUGAGCAAGACGUCACUGUCGAGGAAGAAGUCGCUAUCGAUGAAGAGGUCACUGCUGAGCCAGAGGUUCCUGUCGAACCAGAGCUCAUUGUUGAGCAGCCAGAAGUCACCGAGGUCACCGCUGAGGGGCCAGGGGUCAUCGCUAAGCCAGAUGUCGCUGUCGAAGAAGAGGUCGCUGCUGAGCCAGAGGUCUCUUCUCGGUUCAAGGCCACUGUCGAGGAACAGAUCCCUGUCGAACCAGAGGUCACUGCUAAAUCCCAUUAG